CAUACGUCCUGUUAUCGAACCUGCCAUCCUUGUGCAAUUCAUGCUGGUCGGCUUGGUCCUGGGGAUAUCCCUGAUCAAUCUUUACUUAUUUGCUGACACUUGGGCAAAACUGGCUAUAGCCGCGUACAUAGUCGUUCAGAUUGUUCAGACAUUUCCCUUCUGCUACACCUGCGACCUCAUCAGGGAGGACUGUGAGUCCUUGGCCGUGGCCAUAUUUCACUCCAACUGGAAGGGCUCGAGUCGCAGAUAUAGAUCCUCGUUGAUUUACUUCCUGCAGAAUGCCCAGAGGACGAUCUCCUUCAGCGCCGGAUCUGUAUUUCCCAUAUGCUUGAACACCAACAUCAGGGUUGCCAAGCUGGCCUUUUCUGUGGUGACAUUUGUGAAGCAAGUAAAGAAUUAG